AUGCAGCAAGUCCUGUCACAGCAGCCGGAGCAAUGGCAGGCUAUGCCCCAAGUACCAACUUCUCAGCGGGAGCAUCUCCAGCCACGGGAGGAGGUGCUGAACAUCACCCCGCCGGCUCCCAGUCAGCACGGAGUAAAGAGGACUUGCGAGGCUGCGCGAGAAGAGGAGAAAGCUGGAAAGAAGUUGAGGAAGGAGAACCGUAUGCAGUCCACUGCCCCGAGUAAGCCAUCGCGCAGAGAUGAGAAGAUCACACCCGAGAAGCAGGGAAGCAACUCGACGGGCCGCAACUACUCCGAUGAGGAGACAACACGGCUCCUGCACGCAGUCUUGUCACCGGACGGGUGCUUCGAUCUGGUGCAAAGGAACCCAGCCCGGGCAUUUAAAAAGAUCUCCGAAGAGACCUUUAAGUUCAAACGAAGUGACGAGUCAAUCCGCGGUCGCUACGGCCGCCUGCGAGCCAUAUACAAAGAAAUCGUCGAGUACGAAUCUUUCACUGGCGGUGACGGGGAUCCGGAUGUUGAUCCGGAUGACACGGAUGCAGUUGCUGAGCGCAUAGAGAAGGCGAAGCGUGACGGGAAGGACUGUAAGAAGCUUGAUGCAAAAACUGUGAAGCAAUGGAAUCAGAAUGGCUGGUAUGAGUUGUUUAAUCAGAGGUUGGGAGAGAACCCAGGUAUAUCGCGAGAGGUUGAACAUCAUUCGGGCGCGAUAUCCGACGCACGCAUCAGUUCGGAAUCCGAAGACGAGAGCGAGGUGUUUAGCGGGUGGGAGGCUUCGGACAAGGAGGAAACAUCUAGCCCGCGUCAACAUCGACCCUCUCCUUCACCAGCACCCUCACAACCAAAAGCGAGGACACCUGCAAAGGCUCAGUCCAGGAAGCAGAAAGGAAAGCAGAAGCAAUGCCAAGGAGGUGUUCCAGAGCCCCGCCAUGAACGCCGCAAAUCUGGAGCUGCUAGUCUUACCAGUGAGUUCUUCCAGGCAAACACCGAGUGGCUGAAAGCUACGAAUGAAGACUCGCGAGCCCGCCUUGAGAUUCUCCGAAAGAAGGAGGAACGGGAGGAAGCAGUGCAGCGCCGCGAGGAGAGCCAGCGAGAACAAGAUAAAGCCAAGGAUAAGGUUGAACUUGCAAGGCAGCUCGUAGCUGAUGGAAACAUGCCGGAAGAGGUCCGAGAAAAAGCACGGAAGUGCUUGCUUGCUUUCUUAGAGUAGGAAGUCCAGAGUUUAGUUGAUAGCACAAAGCAGAAUAAUGGAG